CAUGGAUGGCUGUCUUCGAUCAGAGAUUCAGUGCCCUGUUAAUAUACGUCAACUUCCAUCUCGCCCUACGACUCGCCCUAUGACUCGCCCUGCUGGAGAAGCGAUCAAGGUAUUAGAAGCUAUGGGAGAAUGCGUGUCAGAAAUGAAAAUGGUGAAUCUUCGACCUUACAUCACUGCCGUAGAUGCUGCAGCAUUGGAUCUGCAGAAAGAACUGCAGGAGAAAGCAACAUUACUGAUAACCCCCACUCCCGGGACCGACAGGUAUGGUUUAGAUCGUAACAUUGCUAGUUGUAUCCGUGGGUGGAACUCAUACAUUUGGAUUUCAGUCCAGACAUAAAUUAAAUUGCUCUGCAUGCAUGGAAUGAUG